ACUACCUCGUCUUUCUCCUAAAAUCUCGUCACACCCAAGUAUGUUAUAUCAGCAGGAGAAAAGGAAUGGUCAAGCAAGGGCUGAGCAAAUUCCUUAUGGCUAGGGGCUAUUGCCUAGCACAGCCGACACAAUUCCUCAUGACCUGAGGCUUUUACCCAUCCAAGGAGCAACUGCACCUCAGGUGGGGAAAACCAAGCCUUUGUGGACACUUACUUGCUUUCCCUCUGUCAUAACUAGAUGCAGGAUGGCUUAGAGUCAAGGCACUAGUCUUCAGGUUUUUUGUUUUUGUUUUGUUUGUUUGUUUUUUGGUUGGUUUUUGAGACAGGGUUUUUCUGUGUAGCUCUGGCUGUCCUGGAACCCGUGUUGUACACGAGGCUGCCUAAGACUCAGAAAUCGGCCUGCCUCUGCUCCCCAUGCUGGGAUUAAAGGGGUGCACCACCAUACCCUGCUCCUGGGCUCUGGUCUUUAAGAGUUCUCACCCCACUGCUCUUUCACACUGCCUGUUCUUAGGUUAGGUCUGGGAACACUGAUUAUUCCUGUCCCCACCCUAAACCUUUUUGAGCAGGUAACUUCCCUCACUCCUCAGGAACUGAAGGCUGUUUCUCCCUUCAGGGCUUCAACAUGGCUGCCUGUGGCUUGAUGCUGUAACUGUCCAAAGAAGCUCUCCUCAGCUCCCUUUCUGUUUACCCUGCAACUGUUCCUUUGUGUUUUUGAACUUGGCGUUACCAACCUGUGCCCCACGUCACACCCAGCCACCUGUUCUCAGUAAACUAAUAAAAAGAGCCAAGUUAUUAGUGAAAAGCAGAAAAAGACACGUUCAGUGUAUGUGGGUGAAAUGGUCGCAGUAAAGAAGCCAGAACAGCUGCUCUGAGAAAGAAACGUUCAUUACAAACUGCCCAGGCUGUCUCUCAGGAAAGCAGAGAGCCUAAGGGAGAUAAUGUUCCAGGGUUUUAAGGGAAGAGGUGUCUGGGAGGAGGGGAGCCUCUGAGCUGCGAUAGAGGGCUUUGAAGUAUAUAACUUGUGAACAGGAAUAGAAGGAGCCUAGAGCUUAGCAUAGACCUUGGUAUGGUAAUAGCCACCAGAGGCAUAUGUUAUGAGAAGAGCCAUAGGAUCCUGAUGCCAGCAAUAAUGAGGAUUUCAAGUUUUAGCGGGUAUGAACUAUUUAUCAAGUUCCUGAGGUAAUGCUGACUUUUGUCUAAAUGCCAAAUUUUGGGAAAGUGAAUUUCUUAGGAUCAGUCAGUAUGCACAAUGGAAAGAGGGACAGAGAGAUCUAGGGAGGCCUCCUAAGUACCGGGAUGAAAGAUGUGCACUACCACUCCUGCCCUUUAUCCCAGUUUGAUCACUGACACUAUCCAGCAGAUCACACAUGAUAGACAGCUCAGGUUACAGAAUGGCUAGGAGGCUGCAGAGAUCACAGUCUGUCCUGAAGUCACAGGCAGAGAGCGGAGACAGGCCUAAGGGGAAGUCUGUAGGGACCAGAUCAGAAGUGCCAGCAGUGCAGGUGCAGAGAUGCCGAAUGCAUCUGCCCUGGGAGGGCAGGCUGUCGGAUGGUGAGUCUGAAGUGGGCUGAGUGUUUGGCCAUGAAGAAACUGCUGGAGCAAGGUUGGGGUGGGGGACAUGUUAGCAGGUUGGUGAGAAGUUUCCUGGCUUUUGACAACUGACCCUGUCAUGACUCAUGCCUGCCACACUUUGGUCUUUUACAGUCUCAGGAAGGGGGUUCCAUCUGUUGUGGAUCAAAAGCUCCUGUGUCUGGCGUUUCUGUUAUGAUUUGUUAUAUUUUCAGGUGUUGUUACUUAUUGAUAUGGCUAAUGUGUCUUGGUGUUCUGGCAGGUGGUGGGUGUUUACUUAGGUAAACAAGCUGUUCUUCUGUAAACAGUCCCCUUUUCCUGGCCCUGAUGCUCUACGUGUAACCAAUCAGGUCAAGAACGCAGGCUAGGCUCUGUCACAAAGGUGAUAUUCUAUACAACAGUAACCAAGAGCAGUCCCCACCCACUUUCCCCUCUUGGUGCCUAGGAAUGUCACAGAUUCAAGGAAUGCUUCCUCUAAAUUCUAUGAUUCUUAGGACUAAAAAUAAAUCUCUAAUUUUCCAAGUGUUUCUGAUAUGGCCAAACUCACUGAAAAGGGAUGAGUGAGUGGUCUUGGCCUCUGUCAUAAUUGUCAUUGUCCUUUUUUGUUUGUUUUUUUUGCUUUUUUGAAACAGGAUUUCUCUAUGUUAAACAGCCCUGGCCGUCCUGGAACUCCCUUUGUAGACUAGGCUUGCCUCAAUCUUACAGAGAUCCACCUGCCUCUGCUGGGAUUAAAGGAGUCAGUGAGCUUUGAGGAUGUGGCUGUGAAGUUCACCAAGGAGGAGUGGGCUCUGCUGGAUCCAUCCCAGAAGAAGCUGUACAAAGAUGUGAUGCAGGAAACCUUGAGGAACCUGGCUGCUAUAGGAAACAAGUUGGAAAACCAGAAGGUUGUAAAUGAGUAUAAAAAUCUCUCCAGAAAAUUAAGCAGCCAACUGGUAGAGAAAUUCUGUGAAUAUAAAGAAAGUCUUCAGAGUAAAGAACUCUUCAGCUGUAUUCCAGAGCCUUCUGUGAACUUGAAAUCAUCUACAGGACUUUCCACAUGUGAGAAGCAUAUGCAUGGAGAAGGAAACAUUGGCCAUUCAUCUCUAGGUGCACCCCUAAAUCAUCAGGUAGGACAUAAACCUCAUGAAGACCAGGAAUAUGGAUGGAAGUUGUAUAAACAUAAGGAGUUUGGGGGCAACUCCAGUUCCCCUCUGUCCUUUCAAACACACAAAAGUGCUCACACUGGAGAGAAACCUAAAAAUAAGGACUGCAAAGAAGACCUUCUUUGUCUCCAAUCUGGCCAAAGGAAUGAAGAACAUGACCAUGCAAAAAAAUCCUUCGUUUGCAAGCAAUGUGGGAAAGGCUUCACUCACCCCAGUCCUUUACAAAGACAUGAAAAGAGUCACAGUGUUAAGAAGCCCUAUGUGUGUGAACUGUGUGGGAAAGGCUUUGCUCGGUUUGGUAACCUUUUAAGACAUCAGACAACUGACACACGCGAGAAUCCUUUUCUGCCGAAUCAUAAUGGGAGAACUUUUCCUCGUUCUGCUUGUCUUCGAAGACGUAUGGGAAUUCACAGUGUUAAGAAGCCCUAUGUGUGUGAGCAGUGUGGGAAAACCUUCCUUGAUUCUACUUACUUUCGAAUACAUAGAAGGAUUCACACUGGUGUGAAACCCUAUGUGUGUAAGCAAUGUGGGAAAGCCUUCACUGCUUCUCGUUACCUUAAAUCACAUGAACUAACUCACACUCGGGAAAAAUCGUAUGUAUGUAAGCAGUGUGGGAAUUCCUUCACGUUUUGGUAUCAGUUUCAAAAGCAUAAAGUAAUUCACAGUGGUGUGAAUCCCUAUGUAUGUAAACAAUGUGGGAAAGGCUUUACUUAUUCCAGUUCCCUAAAAACACAUGAAAGAAUUCACACUGGUCAGAAGCCCUAUGUGUGUAAGCACUGUGGGAAAACCUUUGGUAGUUCUGGUAACCUAAAAAGACAUGGAAGUACUCACACUGGAGAGAGACUCUAUGUAUGCAAGCAAUGUGGGAAAUCUUUCAAUAAUCACAGUUCCUUUCAAUUCCAUAAAAGAAUGCAUGCUGGAGAGAACCCCUACAAGUGUAAGCAGUGUGGGAAGGAUUUAGCUUCUUCUUCCUCCCUUCAGAGCCAUGAAAGGAAUCAUUCUGGAGAGAAGCCCUAUGUGUGUUUGCAAUGUGGGAAAGCUUUCAGUUCUGACAGUUCUCUUCGAAAACAUAAAAUAAUGCAUAGUGAAGAAAAACCCUAUGUAUGCAAGCAAUGUGGGAAAGCUUUUCGUCGCUUUUUUGAGGUUCGAGUACAUGAACGAAUCCACAGCAGUGAGAGACCCUAUCAAUGUAAGACAUGUGGGAGAGGCUUUUCGAGUUCCACUCAUUUGCGAAGACAUGCACCAAUUCAUAGUAAAACAAAUAAGGAUGUUUGUAAAUAACGUGAGAAAGUCUUGUCUUAGUUAGCUCUCACAUAAAUCAAACAACAUGGGAAAAUGUCAAAUUUCUAGAGAAGCAGUUCUUUUGAAUCAAUGUGGCUUUUAAUACUAGAAGUUCCCUUCAACGACAUGGAAGUAAACACGGAGAAAAGCGCUUUGAGAAAAUCUGCAAGUAAUGUGAUAAAGUCUUCUGCAUUCUUUUCAUUGUGGAGAAGAUGCUAAAUAGCUCACACUGGAGAGAAACCUUAUGCACACAAUGUAGAUAGCCUUUAAUUCUUAGGGGCCCUCAAAAGACAUUGUGGUAGUCAUUUUGGAGAGAAACCCUUCAAAUAUAAUAUGGUGGUUUGAGUAAGAAUGCUCCAAACAUGUUUAUAUAUUUGAAUGGUCAAUUACCAGGGAGUGGAACUGUUUGAAAGAAUUACAAGAUAUGGCCUUGUUGGAGUAGAUGUGAACUUUUUAGAGGCAGUGUGACACUGAGAGUCAGCUUUAAGGUUUCAAAAGCCUGUGCCAGAUCCAGUCACUCUUUCUCUGUGCCUGUGGUUCAGGAUGUAGCUCUCAGCUACUGCUCAAGCACCAUAGUGCCAGCCAUGAUAAUAAUGGAGUAAGUCUCUGAAACUGUAAGCAAGCCCCCAAUUAAAUGAUUUGUCUUAUGAGA